AGUACUUCCGUAUUGAUGAUUCAUUUGUUACGCUACACAAACACAACAUGGUGGUGAAAUUAAUCUACAAAACAAGCAUUGAAUUCAAAGAUUAAUCAAAAAAUUCUUUUUAUUCCAAUGUCAUCUUCUUCGUCAUCGUCGUCGUCGUCGUGGUGUCCCAUUCUUUGCGCUUCUUUCAACCAAGACAAUAGUUGCUUUGCUAUUGGCACCAAAGAUGGUUUCAAAAUAUUUGAUACUAAUACUGGAAAACUCUGUUAUCAAAGAGAUGUUGGAGCUUUCUCUAUUGUUGAGAUGCUCUUUACUUCAAGUCUUCUUGCUAUAGUCGGUGCUGGUGAUCAGCCAUCUUUAUCCCCUCGCCGACUCUGUUUGUUCAAUACUACAACUGGUGCUCCUCUUAGAGAAUUGAACUUUCUUACUUCAAUACUAGCUAUUCGCAUGAAUCGAAAAAGACUCAUUGUCAUUUUACAAGACAAAGCAUAUGUAUAUGAAAUAAAUAGUCUUUCAAUCUUGGACACUUUCGACACGGUUCCAAAUAUUAAAGGACUUUGUGCCCUUUCCCCUUGUUUGGAUGCUUGCUACAUGGCUCUCCCUGCUAGUACCACGAAAGGAUCUGCAUUGUUGUACAAUGUCAUGGAUUGUAAUUUACACUGUGAGAUCGAGGCUCAUCGUUCACCACUGGCUGCAAUGGUCUUUUCUUCUAACGGAAUGUAUAUAGCUACAGCAUCCGAGCAAGGAACCUUGGUCAGAGUUCAUUUGGUAUCAGAUGCAACAAAGUCAUAUAGCUUCCGAAGGGGUUCAUAUUCAUCUACCAUAUUUUCUCUGUCCUUUGGGCCAUCAAAGCAGCUUCCAGAUAUUCUUGCAGCCACUAGUUCUUCUGGUUCUAUUCAUCUUUUCACUCUUGGAUUUGCUUCACAUCCACGGAGCAAGAGAUCAAGCGGUUUUCUUGGAUCGAUAAUUCCUGAUGCAGUGAAUGAUGUGCUGGAUCCAGCUUAUCAUCAUGUGCUUCAUAAUGCUGUUCCUGCAGGAGUCAAAAGCUCUGCAGUAAUUCGCAAGGUUGAAAAUGUUACUGACACCUCAUCAUCUGAACUUUUAGCUUGUAGGGCCAACAUGUGUGUGAUAACUUACAAUGGCUACUUUCAAGAAUAUAACUUGAGCAUUGAUGCUCAUCAGAAAUUGUCUUGGUCUUUAGAGCGUGAAACCAAUCUCUUGACUGUGACCUUGGAUAAAGUUCCAUGAGCAGCAAAAUAGUUAUUUUUACUGCCCCGUCUAUAACUACAAAGCUUGGCAAAUUACAUGCUACACGUGGUGAAACUUUCCAGAGCAACCAUUGCCUGCCAACAUCAAGUGCCUACUCAGGGAAAUGUCCAAAUUCACUCCAAAGCCAUAGCUGCUUCUGGCAUGAAUGUGUUAUGUGGAGGAAAUCAUGAUCCUAAAUUUCCUAUGGAUGGAUAUGUAUAGAAAGGUAACAAUGUAAAAUUGUUUCAAAUUACUCUCCCAGAAUGUCACGGGAGUGACAGAACUAGUCAUUACAUCGAAAAUAUGUCUUAUGUAGAUCUUGUAAGGAAUUUAACAGUACAAUGAACUGAUUAAACCAAUAGCUUACUAACCAAUAAUUGACUUCUUAUGUUCAAA